UGCUAAGCCUUCCUCUUCAGCCGCUCUAGACAUUGCCGCAUCCCACAUGUUCAUCUUUGAACUCUACGACUUCAUCAGAUAGUUUUUGCCUCUCGUGAAUCUUUCGGUCUUUCAAUCUUCUCUGGAUGGCCUACCGUGCCGUGCGGUCAGUCAAAACGUAGAGGCUGAACGGCUCCAGUGAUAUGGCAUGCGAAUGGUACGUACCACAAGCUGACGUGGAAAUAUCUCUUAACUGUACAAUUACACAGGUAGAAAUACCAUUGACAGGUCGUUUCGCUCCAUAGGAUUCAACGUCGACUGUACAAUCUCAGCAAGCCGCCAUAGAAUCCUUUCUCAGCCAAAAUGUCAGGUAUAGAAAUUGCCGGCCUGGUAUUGGGUGCCAUCCCCUUAGUACUCGCCAGCCUCGAGUUUUAUGCGGAUGGAAUCGCAGUAACAAAACGUUAUUUGAAGUUCAAGCACGAUUUCAAAAGCAUGUUGGUAGAAUUGAAGACCGAGAAUACGAUGUGCAUCAACAGCAUCACAAUGCUACUAAUUGGCGUUGUCAAGCCAAAAGAAAUGAAUGACUUCCUCGAAGAUCCCUGUGGUGAUAAAUGGAAGGAUCCCAAAUUUGAGAAAAAACUCAAGGAGCGGCUUGGCACAACAUAUGAGUCUUAUCUCGAUACCAUUAGGGAGAUGAAUAAUGUUGCAAUUGUGUUCAAACAACGCCUAAAGCUUAACGACUCAGGUCAGCCUCAAUUUACAGAUCAGAAGACAUUCAAGGAGCAUUACAAAAGGCUCAAAUUCAGUAUCCAAAAAUCAGAUUAUGGCGACUUGAUGUCUAGAUUGAAACAGUCUAACACCGCACUUCACCGUAUGACAACACAGACGAUUUCUCUUGAGGCCCUUCAGCAAUCAAGCAAGCUCCAUCGGGCCCAAGCAAUUCCAAAAUUCAACGUUAUCAACGAUCGCGCACAUGGCUUUUACUCUGCUCUACGUUCCGGAUGGAAAUGUCCUUGCCACGCCAACCACAGUGUCAGUCUUCGCUUAGAGACUAGGAUGGACGAUGUUGCAAGCGACGAUGACUCCGAAGAUUCUGACGACGAGUCAAUGCGAGAUCCUUUCCAUGUCUUGUUUCGCUACAGUCACCUUCAUGCUGCCAGUCCAACAAGUCCCGGGUCUCCCAAACCAUGGACGUGGGAAGAAGCAGACGUACGGAUAGUUGAAAAGCAAUCCGUUCCAACCCCAGCUGCAAGCGGUCCUGGGCCUAAGGGUGUUCGUUUUGCGUCACAAGCUAGGAACGCUGUCAAGGCAGCUCUAGACCCUAACUCCAACAUGAAGCCUAUACAAGACUUGUGCGCAGCAAUCUGCACCCUUCAACAACCACAACGAGAAGUUUGUCUCGAACUACUGGCCACCGAAAUCGCAAAACAGAAAUAUGGCGUUCACAUCUACCCAGAAAAGGAUCCUCCACAGAACCCAGAAGCGUGGACUGUCAAAUCCCUUCGGCAUGUACUGCAAGAUUCCAAGUUCACUCGCCACGACCGCCUGCGGCUUGCCGUAACUUUGGCCUCCAGCGUCCUUCAGCUGCAUGAGACGCCUUGGCUUGACGACAACUGGAGUAAAGACCAAAUCUUCUUCAUCAAACGCUCAGACAAAACCAUUUAUGAUCAUCCAUUCGUAUCUCAACACUUCAACACAACACAACAAUCAACUCCCACCCCACUCCCAGCGGCUUUGACGAGGGUAAUUCGAAACCAGACAUUGUUCGCGUUGGGCGUAUCCCUAAUCGAACUUUGGUAUGGAAAACACCUGAGCGAGCUUCAUAAACUCGAAGAUGGACCAAAGGACACAGGCGAUAUCAUGAAUGAUCUCAUGACGAACUACGCUACAGCAGAUCGACUAGUCGAUGAGUUGUACAGCGAGGCAGGAGGGAAAUAUAGCGAUGCGGUCAGGAGAUGCAUUAGAUGUGAUUUUGAUCAUCGAGCAAAAAGUCUUGAAGAUGCUACAUUUCAGAAGGCAGUUUAUCAGGGUGUGGUGAAUCAACUGAAAGAGAACUUCGAUUUUCUCUACUGAUGGGGAGCAGAAGAAGAAAGGACGAAAUUUGUGGCUUCAUUUGAAGUCAGAGUAUGGACGAAAUACGCUCACACACAAGCUAUUAUGUUGUACUCGUCUCUUUGCCUAGGCGUUUAAAGCUAUCCGAUACCAAUAAGCAUAACAUAGUAUUCAUACAUACGAGCACAACCCGUGUCGGAAAUGUCAUAUUAUUUACGUUUGGUCAUGACAAUUGAAAAGUAAGAAUAUCUAAA